UUCAGAAAGUAUUAGGCAAUCGAAUAUGCAAUUGCAAUUUCUGGGUUUCCAGUAAAUAUGAUACGUAAAAAGAGCGUCCCCUCCUCUUUAAGCUUUAUAAGGAUAUUUAACUGAGUGCAAGGGGAUGAUGAGUAAAGAAUACUGACCGGUUUCCUAUCAACUCGCAUUACUUAUUAUUUACAGAGAGAACUGAUGAAUUAAGUGAACUAUAAUUUGUUCCUGUAACAGUCCUUAAACAUCACCUGAAGCAACCUAUCCUCUUCAACAAAAAGUCAAAAUGAACCAAACUGUAGCCCCAUCCAAUAUGACGGCAUCAACAAGCAAUGCAGAUGUCACAGCAAAUUCCUUAAGGAAAAUCAAUAUUUUCCUCCACUGUAUAAUAUGUGUGUUUGGUGUUGUUGGCAAUGGACUGGUCAUCUACAUCACAGGCCUCAAAAUGAAAAGCACUGUCAAUACGAUCUGGUUUCUGAACCUGGCGGUAGCAGACUUCCUGUUUUCAUUCUUCCUGAUCUUUAAUAUAAUCUACGAAUACCGUGAGUUCGACUGGCCUUUUGGUAACUUUAUGUGCUUCUUGAGCAGCCUGGUGACCGUGUUGAAUAUGUUUGCCAGCACCUUCCUGCUGACAGCGAUCAGUUUGGACCGCUGCCUGUCCACCUGGGUGGUGGUGUGGGCCAGGACCAAACGAACAGUCCUGAAAGCAAGGAUAAUUUGCCUGCUUAUUUGGUUAGCGUCAGUCGCUUGUAGCCUGCCUUUAGUCAUCUCUCGGAAAACAUCAAUUUCUGCACAACGAACAAAGUGCAUACUUGGCAUUCAUAAACUAGAAACAUACAAGAGGCAGGUAGUGUACCGUUUUGUGGUGGGUUUUCUCCUCCCGUUCGUCAUAAUCUCCGCUUCGUAUGUGGCGAUCGGAGUACGAGUUAAGCACCUCCGGAAAAAAAAUAAACUAAAACCCUUCCGUAUUAUCCUGGCUGUAAUCCUGUCCUUCUUCUUCUGCUGGCUUCCCUUUUAUGUUCACAAAUUCAUUGAAGUGUGGUUGCGUGAAAUGAAUGUGACAAACCCAUCAGAUGAGCUGAACAGCUUCAAGAAGGUUUUCGACCAGAUAGGGCUCUUCAUAAUCGGUCUUGCCUACUUGAACAGCUGCCUGAAUCCCUUCUUGUACGUAUUCAUGUGUGAAGAUUUUCAGAGAAAGCUCAAGCAGUCUUUAGUGAUGGUGUUCGAGAGUGCAUUCGCAGAGGAACACCUGGCUCUCCUCUCACAACAUUCCCAAUCCAAAUGCACAUCUCAUUCGCAGAGUGGAACAGGAAUAGAAUUGACCCAAUCUUUGACACUUGUGGGUUAAAUGGAACAUUCACAGAGUCCAAAAUUUACAUUUAUUAAAUUACAUUUACAAAAAAGAAAAAUGUAAUGUAUUUAAUUUAUAAAGAAGCUGUGUAGACAAAAUACUGUUGUUGCUUUUUUUGUUUGUUUGUUUUUUUGUGAGGAUGAAUGAUGGAAGCUGAUGUGCCAACAACAACAUAUUUUUUUAACAUAAAAAUGUAUAUAUUAUUGA